GCCGAGGGGCGCACAAAGGAGCAGGUGAGACGGCUCUGGCUCCGGACUAGUAUCCACGGCGCGGGAGAGCUGGAGCUGAGGCCACAUCAGGACAAAGGCCAAAGUUAAGACCUAAAACCCAGAAGCGAUUUGUGCGAUCCCCUGAGCACCAGCCCCUGCCACACUCCACAGUGAGAUUCUGUGUGAUCUCCCUAUGUGAUCCUGGGAGAUCAAUGCUCACAAGGCCUACCUCACUCCCUGAACCAGUGUGACUGGACUGGACAGAACCUAAGCAAGCCUGGAAGGCAGUAGGGAGCCCCUGAAGGUAUUGGAGUGAGUAGUCAGUUGCUUGGAGACAUGGUCAGCCUCGUGCCUUAAGGAGAGUAUUUUGACAACAGCAUGGGAGUUAUAUUGGAGAGGGAAGAGACUGGAAUCGCAGGCUAUCAUUAAGGAAGUUGUUACAAUAAUCCAGCAGCCUGAAUCCUGACCAGGCAUCAAGAUGUCUGCCUUUGGAAACACAUUCCCCUUCUAUGCUGGCCCCAAACCCACCUUCCCCAUGGAUACCACCUCAGCGGUCAUUAUUACAGUCUUCUUCACUGGACUGGUCACUUUCAUCGGCAUCCUGCCCGGUAUCCGAGGCAAGAUGAGGCUGUUUUGGCUGCUCCGAGUGGUGACCAGUCUAUUCAUUGGAGCUGCCACCCUGGCCGUGAACUUCAGUGGGGAGUGGUCUGUGGGCCGGGUCAACACCAAUACUACAUAUAAGGCUUUCAGCCCCAUGAGGAUCAGUGCAAAUGUAGGGUUGCAAAUAGGUCUUCGAGGGAUCAAUAUCACCCUUACAGGGAUACCAGUACAGCAGCUGAAUGAGACCAUUAACUACAAUGAGCAGUUCAGAUGGCAGUUUGGACAGAAUUAUGCUAAGGAGUAUAUAGAAGCACUGGAAAAGGGGGUGCCUGACCCAGUGCUCUACCUGGCAGAGAAAUUUACUCCAAACAGUCCCUGUGGCCUGUACCUCCAAUAUCGCCUGGCUGGACACUAUGCUUCUGCCACACUCUGGGUCGCAUUCCUCUGCUGGCUGUUAUCAAAUGUGCUGUUCUCCAUGCCUGCAUUAAUUUAUGGUGGACACAUGCUCCUGGCCACAGGGGUCUUCCUCAUCCUUUCAUUAACCUUCUUCUCCACGGCUGCCACACUGACCCCAAUGUGCCCACUCCACCUGGGUUCUGCCUCCCUACACACUCAACAUGGACCUGCCUUCUGGAUCACACUGGCUACUGGGCUGCUGUGUAUUCUACUGGGCCUAGCUGUGAUGGUAAUGCACAGGAUACAACCAGACAGGCUGAAGAUUUUCUUCAACCAAAGUGGGCUAGAGGAAAUGGAAAAGAUAGCAGGUCCAGAAGAAGGGGAACUCCUGGAUCCACGAUACAGGACUUCAGUAGAGAGCCCUGGGGACCAAGAUAUAACUCUGUCAGAGGCUCCCAGUGAGGAGCCCCCUAUGGAGGAGCCCAUCAGGCCUCCAGAGGAGCCCCAGAGAGAGCCAGAGAGUUCCUUAUAACAUCCCAUCUCCUAUACCCCACCAGAUUUAGGAGUUUAAGGAAGUUUGGAGAUGUCAGUGCCCUCUAGCCCCAUUUCUUAGGGAUUUCCAGUUUGCAUACACUUGUGCCUUCCCAAAUUGCUACCAUUUGAGACUUCCUUUCUAGUUCCAAAUCUCAUCCAACUCAUAGGAACCAUGAUUACCACUCCCAAGUUUAUGGUGGAUAUCUUCCCAGAAAGGCAGCAUGAUAUGAAAGAAAGAACAUUGGACAUGGAGCCAGAAGAUCGGAUUCAAGUCUCAGCUUGAAUCUACUACAUUAAUUCAGUUUGAAACGACAAGCAUUUAUUAUAUGCCAAGCACAAUGGGAGGAGCUGGGAUACAAACGAUCAAAACAAAAACAAAAGUCCUGCCUUAAAGGAGCUUAACAUUCUACUCGUUAGGCAUGUGAUCUUGGACAAGUCAUCUCAUCCCUUUGAGACUCAGUUUCCUCAUCUUCAAAAUGGGGAGAGGAAGAGAAUGGCCUGGAUCAGUGAUUGCUAGCUUGUGGUUCUUAAAUAUAUAAUGCUACCAAAUAA